AUGACUUCCCUCCUUCAACCCAGUGGGAGGAAAAGGCCAGUGGCAAACAAAGCAGCAGGCCGAAGGGGCGACAACAAUCGGAUCUACGCUAACCCACUGCCCUUGACAUUCCUAUAUCCCCUUCCCUCUCCAGUGCGCUCCGUACUUGGUCUACUGGGCCUCAACUUGGCCAAAAUCGACACCCCCCAAAUCCACGGCCUCUUUGAUCACGCAACACGCUCAGUUUGGAUUACAGACCGCGCUCAAUCACUUAUACUUUGGCGCAGAGGUUUUUUCGGCAAGGGAGAUCUGUCUCGAAGUGAGCCAAGCUGGCUUAAUCGACAAGUCAAUGCCCGGCGCGCUGCUGCUGAAAACCGUCUUACGGCGGAGGAGUUAACUGCGAAAAGAAGGGCUGAACGCAAACAAUUCAAACUUGAUCGCGCACGCGCUAUUGCUCAAGUCGCCGCCCAAGCUGAAGCACUGUUUGAAUCGGAGGGUCGUGUCGUUAUUCCUGCGCUCUCAGGCCCAAACAUUCCGUCGGCGGCCACUUGGAAGCCUACUCCUCAAGACUCAUCUACUCUGCCUCAACAAAUACCAUCAGAAGACGAGGAACCAUUUCCAGACGAUGUAGAACACCUACAGCUAACCUUGCCAGAGGCAUUUUUCCUGCUAUGGAAUCUAGACUGCCUCGUCGUAGAAGACUCCGAUGCUAAUCAACUCUUGAGUAUCCAAGACAUUUGGAUAGCUUUCCAGAUGGCAUACCUUUCGCAGCCUUUCUCAGGUCCGCUCACUCUGACGCCUCGCCUCGAACUCGACAACCCAUUCAUCGUCAACUAUCUCGUGUACCACCACUAUCGCUCUCUUGGAUGGGUUGUUCGAGGCGGCAUCAAAUUUUGUGUCGACUAUAUGUUAUAUAAGCGUGGUCCGGUCUUCAAUCAUGCUGAGUUCUCAGUCGUCGUCUGUCCCGUCUAUGAAGACCCAGCUGAUGAAGCCGCAUCUACGACCAACCUCCAUCACGCUGCCCCGUUUUCUUGGAGCUGGCUAAGCACUAUAAAUCGCGUUAAUACCCAAGUCUUCAAGACGCUCGUGUUAGCUUAUGUCACGAUUCCGGCGCAUUCACGUGUACCAGAACAAGUGUUACACAGUCCUGCUUGCUUGCAGUAUUACUCCAUACGAGAGGUCACUGUUAGGCGCUUCAUACCAGCUAGGAUGCGCGAUUAA